AUGGGUUUCCUUGCAGACCAACUUCACCAUGUCGCUGCAGCAGGAAACCCUGUCCCAGUCCUCGCUGCUCCCGGCGCCGGCGUCGACAACGUCCAUGGCAGGCUAGAGUCGGAAGAGAGGGACUGGGCGAAUCUAGUCCAGGACGCUGUUAGGGAGAUCGGUGAGAAGCUGCUCGCGAUCGAUGCGACGGAAUACAUCCGCCUGAGAGCGGUCUGCAAGCCGUUGAGAAGCUCCACCGAUAACGAUAAUCGUCCAAGCUGGGAACCGUGUUUCUUCCCCAGGAACUGGGUGAUGCUUCACGAGGACGGGGAUGACGACGACGAGGCUCCUGUAGAACCGGCAGCGCUCCGUCGCCGCCGCUUUGUGAACGUGCGCACAGGUGCUGCGCUCUGGAUCCAGCUGCCGUCCUUUGAGGAGUAUGGCGAUUUCCUCGCCGUCACCGAGGGGCUCUUGCUUUUCUACUGUAAGCGCACCAAAACGGUGCGCCUGUUCAACCCCCUGACCACCGCCACGGCUGUCCUCCCAAGUUUCUCCGAGGUGCCAGGCCUGGAGGGAGAGCCAGAGCUCACCGCUGCCGCGGUCGUCGUCGACAGGAGGAAUACACCAGGGGGACAAGCCAUUAUUGUUCCCAACGUGGUGCUUGUCUUGGUCUCUCGACUCUCGCCGCCCAGGCACAGCACCGUGAUUCUUUGUGCCAGGCCUGGCGACUAUCACUGGGGCACCGUCGAUGCUGGCGUGGUCGAGGCGGUGGACGGCGGCGUGCUGCCGUUCGAGGGUGGCCUCACGCUGCAGGGGCGUUUCUACAUCCCAACGUGCCACGGCGACGUGCUCAGGGUUGAGCUCCACCCACAGCCUCACCUGGUGUACGUGGCUAGGCCGCCCGGUCGUGCUCGCUGCAGAUGCUGUGCUCAUGACGUGACCUCCUACCUGGUGCCCUCUCUGGAUGAUGCAAGUGGCAUAGGUGAGAACGAUGGGAUGUUGCUGGUGCGUGUCUUUGCCGAUGACCAAACUGAUGUCCGAAGGGUGCACCUUGGCAAUGGGAGCUACAGCCCAUUACCUCCACUUAGCAACCGUACCAUCUUUCUUCCUGGGCUGACACUCCUGACGGACAGGUUCCCUUCGCUGGUUGAGCAAGGAGAAGAAGGAUAUGUGCACCUGCAUGAGCACAUUGAGGAUUACAUUGGCGACGUCGCUUAA